CUGUGGAUGUCAGUCAGACUUUGAACAGGGCACUGGCGCUCAUCACCGCUAAUCUUCGGCCGCUGCUUGUUAUCAACGACGCUCCCCCUGACAGCUAUCACCGACCAGCUUUAGACAUAUAGAUCGGGAUGAACAGCAGCUGAGACCGGACAGGACACCGGAGGGCAUCACCGGAGGGACCGUGCGGAGAUUAAACCCUUGCUACGCCGUUUAACGCUGUUACUCGGGAGUUGCGAUGGUCCAGUCAGGGGAUAUUUUUCUAGCCUUGCUUCUUGUGGGCUGUGCAGUUUCAUUGGAAGUGCAGAUCAUUCCGACUCACGGUGAGAUUAGUCUUGGAGAGUCCAAAUUCUUCAUGUGUGAAGUUGUAGGCGUUGCCAAGCACAUAGACUGGUUUGGACCAAGUGGGGACAGGAUAGAACCGAACAGACCAGACAUAACAGUGACCCGUAACGAUGAGUCAUCCUCCACCCUCACACUGUACAAAGCUGGGAAAGAAAACGCAGGGACAUACAAGUGUGUCGCUACCAAUGGAGACCAGCAAGGGGAGUCAACUGUCAAAGUGAAAAUCUUCCAAAAAAUCACCUUCACAAACGUACCGUCACCCCAAGAGUUUAACGAAGGAGACAAUGCCAUCCUUGUUUGUGACGUCAUCAGCUCGCCUUCACCCACUGUCUUCUGGAAAUAUAAAGGAGCAAAAAUACAAAUGGAAAAAGAUGUUCGCUUUAAGGUACUGAGCAACAAUCACCUUCAAAUCCGUGGCAUAAAGAAGACAGAUGAGGGCUCAUAUACCUGCGAGGGUCGCCUCAUGGCCCGCGGCGAGAUUGAUCUGCGGGUCAUCAAGGUCGUUGUGAACGUGCUCCCGACCAUCAGGGUAUGGCAGUCAGAGGUGAAUGCCACAGCAGAUGUGGAACAGCCGGCCAUGUUAACUUGUGCUGUUGAUGGCUAUCCUGAACCCAUGGUGACAUGGACAAGGAAUGAAGUGGUUCUCGAGGCAGGAGAGAAGUACAGCUUUAACGACGAUGGCUCAGAAAUGACAUUAAUGGAUGUUACCAAGCUGGAUGAAGGGGAAUACACCUGCAUUGCCAAGAACAAGGCUGGAGAAGCCGAGCAGGAACUCAGUCUCAGAGUGUUUGUGAAACCUAAGAUCACAUACAUUGUAAACCAGAGCACUUCAGAGAUGGAGGAGCAGGUAACUCUGACUUGCGAGGCAUCAGGAGAUCCAACUCCCACCAUCAGCUGGAGUUCCGGCGAUCACGUCUUCACUGAAGGAGAGCAGGCACAUCUAAACAGGAUCUAUCAGGCAUCAUGGACUCGGCCCGAGCAACACAAGAGCCUGGAUGGAAAUGUAGUGGUGAGGAGUGAUGCUCGUGUGUCCUCCCUCACUCUGAAGUAUGUCAGGUAUACAGAUGCGGGUCAGUACCUGUGCAGAGCACGCAGUGCCAUUGGAGAGGAUGAUCAGUCGGCAUUUCUGGAGGUCCGCUAUGCCCCCAAGAUUCACGGAGCAGUGGCAGUAUAUACCUGGGAGGGAAAUGCUGUCAAUGUCAGCUGUGAGGUCAAAGCUCAUCCCAGUGAUGUAUCUAUUGUGUGGCUGAGAGACGGACUGCAGCUCCCCAACUCCAACACCACCAACAUUAAGAUUUUCAGAAGUCCAUCAGCCAGCUACCUGCAGAUAACCCCCGAGUCUGAAAAUGAUUUUGGGAGCUAUAACUGCACUGCUUCAAAUGAGAUCGGCACAGAGUCCAAGGAGUUCCUGCUCAUUCAGGCCGAGGUGCCAUCGGCUCCAUCCAUCAGUGAAGUGAGACCCUUCUCCACCACGGCACUGAUCCAGUUUGAGGAGCCAGAAUCCACUGGAGGUGUUCCUGUCCUGCAAUACAGGGCGGAGUGGAGGGCUCAGGGCAGGGGCAGCUGGGUGCACAGGGUUUAUGAAGUCCAAGAUGGCUACACCAGUGAGGCGACUAUCACAGACCUGAAUCCAGAGACCGGCUACGAAGUGAAGUUGUCAGCCGUCAACGGCAAGGGUGAAGGUGAAAGCAGCCCUGCUGAGUUCUUCAAGACGGAGCCUGUCCGGAAUCCCAAUCCUCCUAAACUCGAAGGGGCUCUUCAACCCAAAGGCAACUCCCUCAAAGUCCGCUGGAUCAAGCAGGACGACGGCGGCUCACCCAUUUUACAUUAUCUCGUCCGCUAUAAACCAAUACAAGUGUCGGAGUGGAAACAAGAAAUCCGGCUGCCCAGCGGCAGCGACUACGUGGUUCUCAGUGGGUUGGAGUGGGACACAGAGUACAGCGUCUACGUGGUGGCAGAGAAUCAGAAGGGCAAGUCCCUGCCAGCUACCAUGUCCUUCAAGACGUCCACACAGCCCGAUGCCAUCCCAGAUUUGGGUGAUGAGGCAGCGCUCUCCAUGGGCAUCAUGCUCUGGGCAGGGAUCCUUGUAGUAGUAUUUGUUCUCCUGCUGCUAGCUGUCGAUGUCACCUGUUACUUUGUCAACAAAUGUGGCCUCAUCAUGUGCCUCUGCGGUAAAUCGGGCACAGGGACCAAAGGGCACAACGUGGAGGAGGGCAAGGCAGCCUUCAUGAAAGAUGAAUCCAAGGAGCCAAUAGUGGAAGUCAGAACAGAGGACGAGUGCACAGCCAAUCACAACGCAGCAGGACCCACAGAACCCAAUGAAACCACACCUCUCACAGAGCCAGAGCUGGCGGCUUACACUGCUGCUCUGGCACUGGACACCCUCUCCUCCGUAGCCACCAACUCUGACACUGCCACUGCAACAAUUGACCCCGCUCAGGACAGCCCCUCUAGCGAGACCACUACCCUCACUUGUAGUCUGUCUACCCCAGCCAACGACCCCUCACCCACCCCUUUCCUGGCUCCGGCCCCGACUCCAGAGUCGACCACGGCCCCUCCGACUCCCCUCAUCUUCACCUCCGACAUCGCAGCUAAAAUGGCCCCGUUAGUAGAACAGAGAGGGAGUAACAACCAGGAAGAAGGGGAGAAAAAAACCACUCCUCCCUGUACCCCUGAACAGACUAAAGUUCAAAAAUCUGGGACACCGAUACCACCGAAGCGUAGGCACUCUCCUAAACUUGCAGCUCUGAAUGCUAAAGGUAGCCCGCCUGUAUCUCCACUGGCUGCGUCUUCCGCAUCAUCCUCUCCUACGCCUGAAACCAAGAAACCUGCUCCGAGGCCACCUGUCAACAAGCUUCCCAUACAGAAACACACUGUAGCCUCAGACACCGAGAUGCCAGCGCAAACUGCCGCCGCUCUAGCAACCACUGCCCCGCCAAAACCAGACCCUGAUUCAGAUACAACUGCCCGAGAUCCUAGUGGGAGUAGCCUUACUGCCUUUGAAACUACAAAUAAACCUGCUGACCAAACUGUUGAUAAUAACACUGCCAAAGAUGCUGCAACUAGCUGUCCUUCAGUGAUCCACGGUGCUCCUAAAGUCCUGGAUGCUGAAGAAUCUGCCCCUCUAGUUGCAGACGCCCCCUCUCCUUUACCUGUCACUCAUAUUUCUUCUACUCCCUCUCAUGUCGAGGCGCCGUUUUCAAAUGAUCUCCUCACAUCGCCGACAGACACGUACAACUUUCUGACCCCUGACUGGGGGCCCAUAGGUGCAGAUUUAGAGUUAGAGCUGACAAACGGGACAGAAAGACCCUCUCCGACUCUCGCAGACCUCAUUAGCCUAGAGAGCCCGCCCUCUGACCCCUCUCUGCCCAAUGGAGACGGAGCAGACCUCCCCCCCUCAGGCCCAGUUCUGGAGGCGUCAGAGACUCUGGCCAAGACUGCUACUCCUGUCAACGAUGAGAAGAUUUUUUCUGAUGAUAAAGGCAAACUGCAGGAGGCAGACUUAUCAAACGCCCUGACGGAGAUCACUGCAGAACACAACAGUGUCAUACAGACAAAUACCACUGAGAGCAAAGCAUGAUGGGCCUGGGAAACCCCAGCCUAAUAACAAAACAUUCUGCAGCUGCAGCGAGUGAGAAACACGGCAGGAGUUUUGAUUUCCAGUGCCCUUAACUUCAUAUUCUAAACAACACUCACGUGUCGAUUGGUUAGAGCACACUUUGACUGUACUUUCAGUUCUGGUUUUUAUUCAUGAAAUGUUUACUACACCCAAGGAGUUUAUCUUUAGAUCAUAAGAGAUUUAUUUUAUUUUUUUAUUGUUGUUUUAUUUAACCAGUCAGGACGAUUAAGGACAAUCUCUUAUUGUAUUGAUUGCUUGGUAUAUAUAUCAAAUUAGACUCUACUUUCUUUUCUGUGCAUUUAGUUUAAAUUGCAGCUGCACAUAAAUAUUGGAUUAUUAUGAGAAAUGUAAAAAAAAAAAAAAAAAAAAACCUGACUAUAUAUAUAUAGAAAUUAUUUUUCUUAUUUUCAUGUUCUACUGUUCAAAUGUGAAACUGUUUGCAUUUAUUUUAGUUUGGGCUCUUCAAUUGCAGGCUCGUCUCAUUUAAUAGCUUGCACUGCAUGUCCGACCUGCAAGUGGUUGUAAAGUUUUGUUUCCAAGGGUUCAUUGUUUCACUUUGUCUUCUACAGGGAUGUUUUAAUUUCUCACAGAUACGCUAGCAUUGAAUAAACAGACUUCAAUGUUUGGAAUAUAACCAUAUUUUCUAUGGUUAUAAAAGAUACAGGAUUAACCCACGGCCAGCUUCAGGGGGAAAGAGUUUGAUAGAGAAUCCCACAACACAUCGACAGUGAGCUUACCACAGUGAUGGCUAAAAUAUUCAUUAAUAAAAUGUACUUGAUUCAAAUGAAAGCAAUUCAUUGAACUCAAACGUCCACAGGAGGAACAAACUGCCAGCAGCACUGUUGAUUCUCAGCCAAGCGUUGAAGAACCGUGAACCUUCUUAAGAUCUUGAGCUAAAUUUACGACUCUUAUUUGUUUGGGGGGGGCAACAGCUCAGAUAGCUACCGUUUCUUCCUCACAUUAAAGCAGAUCAAAGGUCUGGCUUCGUACUUUGAGUUCUCCUUUUGGAGCAAAAAAUGUCCAAAAAUCUAAAAAGCAUUUUGUACUAUUUAAAAAACUACAAAGAUUUAUUUUCCAUUUCCUGCCUGCAAGCUUGUGCACUGUGCCUGUGUGUCAAUAGAUUGUCUUGUCAUCAGUUUCUAUGAUAACCUGCAUAGCUUUGUCGUGAGAGAUUUAGCCUAUUCUUUUUUUAUUUAAUAUAUUGUAUUAUUAGAAGAAACGUAUGAUAAAUGGACUAAUGUGGUCAUUAUAACGCGUGUAGUGUAUGAAACUGUCCCGUCUCUCUGGUCACAGCACUAUAUAUUGCCAGCUAUAGUGAAGGAAGAUGUUUUGAGCCUUGGCAUGAAUUCAGUCAGUACUUUAUAACGUAAAACUACAAGGCAGAUAAACGUGCCCAUGUUUGUUUGGGAGAAAAUAGUUCUCAUAUUGAUUCAAUGAGUGUUACCUUUGGGCUUGUUCUGGCAUUAUUAUUAUUACACAUUGUUUUUUAUUUAUCUCCCCCAGUUGUUAUUCGAGUGUUCUGUAAUGUGGUCUUUGGAUUUCUUUUUCUAGUUUUUGUCUUUUUGUACAAAAAUUCACUCACCAAGAGCAACUGCUUGACAAGUUCAGGAUACACAUUGACAGGAAGCAGGGUGGUCCCACCUGCAACAGGGGAUUCAACUUUUUUUGAAAAAAAAAGCUUUAGAUAAUAGAUAUCAAAGAGAAGUGUAAACAGAUCUGACCAGCUUUACUCACCUUGGUCUCCGCUGCUGUUACCUGACCACCUUGCUCCCUUGUCACUGGAUGCUCCUUUUGGUUUUAUUGGGUCGAACUCAGAAAAUAUCUGUUGUGUACAGUCUGAGAGCUAACCCAUUUACAAAAUAAAAAAAAAAUGGUUUCCGAAUCUAAUUUUGUCAUGGCCCAUUUUGUCAU